AUGCAUAUUCCUGGGAAACUGUAUGAGUGUACGCAAUGUGGGAAAGGCUUUAGUCUCAGUUACUUUAAACUUCACAAAAACACUCAUAGUGGAGAGAAACAAUAUCAAAGUCAGCAAUGUGGUAAAGCUUUCAGUUCUCCCAAGUACUCGCAAGAAAAUGAAAAAACACACACUGAAGAAAAGCCCUAUCAAUGUAAGAAAUCUGGUAACACUUUCAGUUCCACUUCUCUUAGAAAUCAUGAAAGAACACAUACUGGUGAGAAACAUGAAUGUAAGCAAUAUGACAAAGUCUUCAACUGGCACAGCAAUCUUAGAAAACAUAAAAGAAGUCAUGAUGGAAGGAAGCCUCAUGAAUGUAAGGAAUGUGGUAAAACAUUCUUCAUCCCUAUUCUUAGAGAUCAUGAAAGGACCCAUACUGGGCAGAAGCCCUAUGAAUGUAAGCAGUGUGGGAAAACCUUCAGUAGUCUCAACUCUCUUGGAAGACAUAAAAGAAGUCAUGAAAAAAAGCCUCCUGAAUGUAAGGAAUGUGGUAAAAUUUUCUGUGAUCCAUAUUCCCUCCGACAUCAUGAGAGUAUUCAUACUGGGGAAAACCUUAUAAAUGUAACCAUCGUGGUAAAGCUUUCUCUGAUACAACUUACCUCCGACGUCAUGAAAGAACUCAUAAUGAGGAAAAACCCCAUGAAUGUAAGCAAUGUGGGAAAGCCUUUAUUCAUCCCAGUUCCCGUCAAAUUCACCUAA